AUGAGACUGCAGAAAGGUUGCAAAGCGCAGCGCAACCACUUUGCCCCCCAGACGGUGAGGAAACUACUGGAGCAAAAACGGCAGCAGCAGACGGGCCCUGCAGUGACUUUAGAAGAUGCCAACAGGCCAGCUGAGCCUCCAAUCCUGGAGCCCCCUGGAGCAACAGAGGGAGGGGGCCCCACUCCAGGGCAGGCCGCAGCUCCUGUGUAUCCAGCCCCCGCCUUCCCUGUCUGGCAGCCAGACGCCUCCAGCCAAGCCGCCUUCCCCGACUACCGCUACCACCACGGCAUGGACACCACCAAGAACUACCACCUCCAGCCUCCAGGUGCCUCCUACAACAUGAACCCCUUCACCCCACUGGAAGCCAGUGCUUAUGGGGCAGCAGGGGCCGGGGCUGCUGAGGAAGUCUAUGGCUCCAAGAUGGCACCUGUGGUGGAUUAUGAGAAGGCAGCCACCGAAGACCAGGCCUUGAACCCCUAUCCAGCCCAUGGGGUCACCUGGCUGGGGCUCGAGGUGUCGGGGCUGGAGCAGAACCACUCCUCUCUGCUUCCUGCUGGAAAUUACCUGCCCGUUUCUAUGGAGGUGGAUCCAGGGGAGCUGGCCCAAGCCCGGGCUAAGAUCCAGAACAUGGAACUCGCUCGUCUGCUUCAGCAGGAUGAGGAUGGGGACAUGCUCCUACAUCUGUUUGUGGCUCAGGGACUCCGCCCAUUGGCUUACGCUGCAGCGGAGAUGCUCCGAGGCUGUGGACAUCUGGACGCGAAAGAGCACAGGGGAAAGACUCCCCUGCUGGUGGCAGCUGCCGCCAACCAGCCGGAGAUUGUGAAAGACCUGAUCAUGCUGGGCGCAGAUGUCAACGCUGUUGACCAGAAGGGCCAGACCGUGCUGCACCUCGCCGCCACCUAUGGGCUACCCAAUGUCAUUUCUGCUGUCAUGCUGGUUGGUGCCCCUAUCAAUGUGGAGGCCAGGAACUUUGAAGGUCUGACCCCACUGCACUGUGCUGUCAUCUCCCACAAUGCCGCCUUCCAGUCGCAAAGCAUGGAGCCGUCCUCCAUGCACCACCUGCAGAACCUGUUGCUCUGUAUCCAGCUGCUGCUGCAACUGGGGGCGGACUACAAGAGCCAGGAUCUGAAGAGCAGCAAAACCUCCCUGCACUUGGCAGUCCAGGCUGGGAACCAGCUUCUGGUCCAGUUCCUUCUCCAGCAAGCUGGGCAAGACCUCUAUAACUUUGUAAACAUGAAGGCUCAUGGGAACACCGCACUGCACAUGGCCGCAGGGCUGCACGGCCACCCCUUCCAAGAGCAGAUCAUGACCCUCUUGCUACACCACUGGGCUGAUCCCAGCACCCGGAAUCUGGAGAAUGAGCAGCCGGCUCACCUCUUGGCUCCCGGACCAGCUACAGAACAGCUGCGCCUGUUGUUAAGAAGCCGCCGUACUGGUGCUGGUCCCACUCAUGGCCCACCUCUUUCCUGA